AUGCGCUUCACAACAGGUCGCACCGCCGGUCGCCACAGCACAGCUUUCAGCAUGCUCGUCGUGCUUGCAUUGCUGGCCUUCACACUGCUCUCGGCACCAGCGUCAGCGAUGGGCGUGGUCGCCUUCGACUACGGAACAGAGUGGAUGAAGGUCUCGCUCGUCAAGCCCGGUCUGCCUUUCGACGUGGUGCUCGAUCGCGACUCGAAACGCAAGAUCCAGUCCGCAGUUUCGUUCAAAAAGUGGGGUCUCGAUGAGGAGAUCCUCUUCGGUACCAACGCGUACAACCAUGCUACCCGCGAGCCGAAGCAAUCCUUCUAUGGCCUCAAGACCCUCCUCGGCCGCUCAACGUCCGACGAGGACAAGCCGUACGUCGACCUGUACUCAUCCAUCUUUGGCAACGACGUCGUCAGCUCCGACCGCGGCACAUGCUCUCUCAAACGACCGUACGAGGCCGAUUCGAAAGUGGCCUCGCUGCCAGUAUUGACGGUGGAAGAGCUGGUCGGAAUGCAGCUGGAAUACGCCAAGAAGCUCGCGGAGGAGACGGCAGGAGAGCGCGUCAACCCUUCCGUGGCCAGCGGCCUCAGUGUCGGUGUGUUCGGCGGCCUGGACGCUGUCGUGAUCGUGCCAGCCUUCUUCAACGCUCAGGAGCGACAAUCGAUCGUCGACGCUGCAAGCCUCGCCGGCUUCCGUCCUAGACUCGUUUCCGACGGUGCGGCGGCAGCUGUCAACUACGCGCAGACGCGCACGUUUGCCAAGUCCGAGAAGCACCUUUUCUUCGAUGUCGGUUCCGGAUCGGUGCGAGCUACGGUGGUCGAGUUUAGCACCAAGCCCGUCGUGAUCGACUCGGUCCUGUCGGUGGGCACGGCGCAGAAGGAGGCUACCGUUGUCGACGUCAAGGGCGUCGGCUGGGAGCGCAACGUUGGCGGGCUGCGAUUCGACCUCAUUCUCAGGGACAAGCUCGCAGCUGAAUUCGACGCCAAGCAUGGCCAACAGCUCGGCGGCUCGAUCCGAAGCAACCACCGCGCCAUGGCUCGUCUGCUCAAGGAAGCUAACCGCGUCAAGCACAUUCUCAGCGCCAACGAUGCCGCUUCGAGCCGCGUCGAGAGCCUGGUCGACGACAUCGACUUCCAGACCAUGCUGCAGCGCCAGGACUUCGAAGACGCCGUUACGGCUGCUGGUCUGGUGCCCAAGUUCACCUCGCCCAUCGACCAGGCACUCGCCAACGCCGGCUUGAAGCUGAGCGACAUCAACAGCAUCGUGCUGGUCGGUGGAAGCACGCGUGUGCCUCUGGUCCAGAAUGCGCUGCGCGAGGCAGGAAUCCCCGACUCGAAGCUGGCCCAGAACGUCAACGCCGACGAGGCGGCCGUCAUGGGCGCCGCUUUCUACGGUGCCAGUUUCAACCCCCAGUUCCGCAUGAAGGAGAUCCGCGCCUACGACCUCAUCCCGUACGCGGUCAACCUCAAGGAAGCCGACGGCAAGGAGGAGAUCAUCUUCCCUGCCGCUUCGUACCAGACCGAUCAGGUGUCCCGCCAGUACGACAAUGCCAAGGAGGACUUCAUCUUUGAGCUUGAGUACGACGCGGCUUCGCAAAAGGCGCUGGGUGACGGCAAGGAUCGCUCGAUCACGAUGGUCGAGAUCCAGGACAUCGAUGACGCGCUCAAGGACCUCAAGGCGAGCGGCCAGCUGGAUCAGGUGGACACCUACGUCAAUCUGACCAUCUCCAGCCGACCUUUGGGCACUUACGCCGUGGAGAACAUUGUGCUGGUGAUCAAGCCCAAAGCGGGUGGUGGAAUCGCUGGCGCGCUCAAGUCGUUCUUCGGCGUGUCUACUCCCAAGAAGGCUACCACCAACGCCACUGCUACGAACGGCACCGCUUCGGCGGGCAAGAACGAGACUACAACCGGCGACGACGCCGACAUGGAGGGCGAAGUCGAAGAAGCGCUCUCCGCCGUUCCAGCCAAGGACAAGGUUGUCCGCCUCACCGCACGAAACAUCCCGCAGAACGACGCAGGCCGACCGCUGUCGGGCGACGAGAUCAAGCGCAGCAAGGACAAGCUGUGGACCAUGUCGCAAGCGGCGGUUCGCAAAGCUGCUCGCGAGGAGGCGCGCAAUGCGAUCGAAUCGUACCUCUACCGCGUACGCGAUCUGGUGGAUGACCCGACGUACUCGUCCGUCUCCAAGGCGGCCGAGCGCGAUUCGAUCACGACCAAGACGGAGGAGCUGUCGGCGUGGAUCUCCGAUGAAGGCGAGACGGCGGAUACGUCGACGCUCAAGCUCAAACGUGCUUCGUUGGAGUCGCUGAUCAAGCCGCUCGAGACAAGGCUUUCGCAGUCCAAGCUUCGUGCGGGUUCGUUCGGCGAGUUUGAGAGCUCCCUCGCCGACGCCAGGGCCUUUGUUGCCGAGGCACGCAAAAAUUUGACCGCAGCAAUCGACGCCAACCUCGCAAGCAAGUACAGCGUCGCCGAGCUCGACUCGCUGAACGCCACGAUCGAAAAGGACGCAGAGUGGUUCGAGAAGGGCAAGAAGCUGCAGGAGAAGCGUGGGCCGAGUGACGAUCCCGUGCUGCUGACGGGCGAGGUGGAUACGAGGAGGAGGAAGGUCAAUGAGCAGAUUGGGAAGAUCAAGCGGAGGAAGAUUGCCAAGACCAGGCCGAAGAAGAGUGCGAAGAAGGAGGAGGCCAAGAAGGAGGAGGCCAGGAAAGAGGAGCCAAAGAAAGAGGAGCCAAAGAAGGACGAGCCAAAGAAGGACGAGGAGACGCCUCGACACGAGGAGCUUUAA